UUGGCAGUGGCACCGAGGACCGAACCGUUGGCGGCGUUGCGGCUCUUCAUUUUGAAACGGACAUGGCUGGCAUCAAGCACCUCCAAUUCUUUCCGGCGUUCUAGCCUCCCAGUUCCAGGUUGUAGCUGCCCAAACCAAAGCCAUCCCACAGGGCCUCCGCUCUACCUGUAGCCCGAAAAAUGGAAGGGGACGCGGUUCUUUCGAGCAUGGAUUCCCUGUGGUUCUACUCCAGCGUCUUCCUCCGGCAGCCCUCCAAGCACAAGGGGAGCGAGUGCGCAGAAGAGCCGCAGCAAGAUUGGGCAGGAACCAACAAGACGACCAGCGGCCGCCCUUGUUGCCAGGCUCCCAAAUGCGCCAAGGAGGCAGCGGGGCGAAGAGCGGAGGGGGGAACGGUGCGAAUUGCGCCUGCAACGGGCCGCGGGGAGUGGGAUGAGCGCAUGGUUGCUUGGCAGAAGGAGCAGAGGCGGCGGGCGCUGGUUGCCGCGGCAGCCCGGUGCUCGCCGGCGACGAUGCCGCCGCCUGGUGGAGAAGGCGUGGCCAUGAAGGCGCAUCUCAGGUCGUGGGCCCACGCGGUCGCUUGCUCCGUCAGAUGAGGGCUCUCCAUUCAGGAACCUAUGGAAAGUAGAUUUUUUUUGCUCCAUCUCUGAACGACGGCAUCUCUUCAUGGUUGUGCUUGCGGAUUAUUGUGGUUUAUGCAGUUCGUCUUUCAGGUACGAUCACUCGAGGCUCGCAUAAAGGCAAGCGAUUCAUUUGAUACCCAGUAUAAGUAUGUGUCCGUGUUAUACAGAUUAUGAUUGUAAGAGUAGCAAUGUGUCGCUUUCUGUGUACACUUGUUUUGCAUCUGGAAUCUGAUAAAACUCUAUGCUGCUGUUUGUUUCGUUA